AUGUCUGGUUCAUGUUUCAAUCCGUUUCGUCUCCGGCGUUCUCUGAAAUCCAAGUUUCCUCCAGAGCCUUCUUACCCGGCCUUAUCCGCUCUCCCGUCUUCCUCCAAAACCAAUCGGUACGCAGAAAGUGAGACCAUGGAGAAGAAGAGAUUCGACAGUAUGGAAUCUUGGUCGAUGAUCUUAGAGUCCGAGAACGUGGAGACUUGGGAAGCUUCUAAGGGAGAAAGAGAGGAAUGGACCGCAGAUCUUUCGCAGCUCUUCAUCGGAAACAAAUUCGCUUCCGGAGCUCACAGCCGUAUUUACCGAGGGAUCUACAAACAGAGAGCCGUCGCCGUGAAGAUGGUGAGGAUCCCAACACACAAGGAAGAGACCAGAGCUAAGCUCGAACAACAGUUUAAGUCUGAGGUUGCUCUGCUUUCUCGUCUCUUCCACCCUAACAUCGUCCAGUUUAUUGCGGCGUGCAAGAAACCGCCGGUGUACUGCAUAAUAACGGAGUACAUGUCGCAAGGUAAUCUCCGAAUGUACCUGAACAAGAAAGAGCCAUAUUCGCUCUCGAUCGAGACAGUACUAAGGCUGGCUCUAGACAUCUCAAGAGGAAUGGAGUAUCUUCACUCGCAGGGUGUGAUCCACAGAGACUUGAAGUCUAACAAUUUGCUGUUGAAUGAUGAGAUGAGAGUCAAAGUUGCAGACUUUGGGACUUCUUGUCUUGAGACGCAAUGCAGAGAGGCCAAAGGUAAUAUGGGAACUUAUCGAUGGAUGGCUCCAGAGAUGAUCAAGGAGAAGCCUUACACUAGAAAAGUCGAUGUUUAUAGCUUCGGCAUCGUUCUUUGGGAACUCACCACUGCGUUGCUUCCGUUCCAAGGCAUGACUCCUGUGCAAGCCGCGUUUGCCGUCGCUGAAAAGAACGAGAGGCCGCCAUUGCCGGCUAGCUGUCAGCCAGCUCUAGCUCACCUUAUCAAGAGGUGUUGGUCGGAGAACCCUUCGAAGCGGCCGGACUUCUCAAACAUUGUGGCGGUGUUAGAGAAGUACGACGAGUGUGUUAAAGAAGGACUGCCUUUGACGUCACACGCAAGCCUCACGAAGACAAAGAACGCGAUUCUGGAUCGACUUAAAGGCUGUGUCUCAUCCAUCAGCUCACCAUCUUCUUCUUCCUCAUCUGUUCCUGUAAAUGCAUAG